CUGUCUUAUCUCAGCUGUUGGGAAAACUUCCUCCUGCAAUACACACUUUGUCCUUCAAGCACCAGCUGCUACAAGCAAGCAGAGUUUGUGCUUUGGGAGAACUUUUGAGUAACAAGGAGACAAGAAGGAUUUGCGCUGAAGUGGGUGGAAUGGAAUGCAGCCACACUCUGGGCAAAGAAAAGGGCAAACUAGUUAGGGCAGUUUUUCCCAACAAAGGGCUUUAGUAGGAAAGAGAUACUAUUUAAAUCAAACUGCAGUCUUGGGACUUAAAAUGUAGUAUGUGUGAGUUGCAGUAAUGAAAGUGUGACCUGCUUUACCCUCUAGUAUAGCAGAUUUGAUCGCUUUGUGCUUUUUGCUGUUGGGUAACCUGCCUUCAUCUAAGACAGAAUAGAUAUGAGCAUUUCCUGUUGCCUUUUAGCAUAAAAGCAUCAGAAGAGCCCUGCAGCAGCUGAAUAAUCUGGUCAAAUAGGGGCCCAUCUAGUCCAGCACCUGGUUUUCAAAGCGGCCAACCAAAUGCCCCAACAGGAAACCUGCAGCAAAGAGUACCAGUGUGGUGGUUGAAUUAGCCAGAAUGUCAGGCUAUGAGGGACUGGUUCCAGCCAGGUUCAAAGCACUGAGCAGGAAAACUCCCUGGGUCAGCCUGGUUCAGGCACCCUCUCAACCUCACAGGGUGGUGGUUAUGAAAAAGAUGGUGUUGGAGGAACCAGGUAUGCCACAUGGAGAUCUUAGGAGGAAAGGUGAGGAAUCAAUGUUCUGUCUGCCCCUUGGCUGCCUCACCUGUACAGGACCUAGUGCUCUGCUGCUCAACUGCUGCAAGAGGCUUGUGCUUGAAGGAACACUUUACCCCUGCCUGCCCUAGCCUCCAGAUCUCUUGGACUACAGGUUACAUCAGCACAACCAUCUGAGACUAGGGCUGAUGGGAAUUGCAGUCCAAGAAAUCUGGCAAGCAGCAGGUAGGGGGAGGAACUUCUUUCCAGUGAGCUCACUCCGCGUGUCCUUAAGGCAUUGACUGCUUCCUUGAGGAAUGAAGAGUUGAUUCAGCAGCAAGCUGUACAAACACAGGGCAUGAGGGUGGAGUUAAUGAUUACCAGCUGCCAGCAUGCUGGACUCCAGCUCUGGCACUUGCCUCCAACCAAGCUCAGCUACCUUCCCUGUGGCAAGAUGCUUGCAGUGUUACCUGUGGCUGCAAUGGUGGGCUUGUUGGUGGGGGGGCUGGAACUUGCCCAAGCCCGCAAGUCUGAACCUCUGAGUAGUUCCAGCGACCAGCCUCUUUUCCGUGGGGCGGACCAGUACAACUUUGGCAUUGUCAUCCCUGCAGGCAGCAUAGAGUGCUUCUGGCAAUUUGCCCAUCAGAGCGGCUUUUUCUACUUUAGCUAUCAGGUGCAGUGGUCUUCAGGUCUUGGACAUGACCAACACAUCCUGGCAACUGCAAAUGACCCCAAUGGGGUCCACCUUGGCACCUCCCAGGAUACACGGGGACAGAUCAACUUCCAAACCAAGGAAACAGGCUUCUAUCAGCUCUGUCUGAGCAAUCGGUACAACCACUUUGGCUCCGUGCAGGUCUACCUCAACUUUGGGGUCUUCUAUGAGGGCUUUGAUCUACAAACUCCACAAGAAGCUGAGAGGAAAAGACUUAACGACACACUGGAUGCAAUUGAGGAGAGCACCAAAAAACUGAUGAAUGGCAUUUUCCAAAUGUGGCGCCACUACACUUUUAGUCGGAUGAAGAGCACCUCAGACUACUUCCUUCUGGAGUCCAAUUACAACUACGUGAACUGGUGGUCAGCGGCCCAGAGCCUGGCCAUUGUUCUCUCUGGUGUCCUGCAACUCUACUUCCUCAAGCGCCUCUUCACCACACAGCCCACCACAGCCACCAACAAGCCACGGUGCUGAGGCUGCUUCAGAAGGCUAUUUAUGCCAGGCUGAAAAGCCAAACUGCUCUCUCCUUGCCACCCUCUUAACACCCAACCGACUAAAUACCUGCAAGCAGCAAAGGAGAGCAAGGGCAUGUCCCCCUGCUGGUGCAGCUUCUUUUUUGGUGGGGGGAGGGGUGUUGGCUGAAAAAUCCAAGUAUUCUUCCAGAGGAGCCACAGGGGGUUGGUUGACUUGAAACUGCCCCAAGUUAAAAUAAACAUGACUCAAAAUGUGGGAGUCCUGCUGCAACCACA